AUGAUGUACGGCUUCGCCACCGCAGCCCUGCUGCUCUCCGCCCUCACGGACGCGACCCCCCUCGCCCGCCGCCAGGCUUCCGAGACCGUCUCCGUCCCCGCUGCCGCCGCCACCCCGACGCCGCAGGCCCCCUACGACUGGUCCGCCGGCUGGCAGAAGACGUUCCCCAUCCACCAGUCCUGCAACGUCACCCUCCGCGCCCAGCUCGAGGUCGCCCUCGCCGAGACCCAGCAGCUCGCCGCCCACGCCCGCGACCACAUCCUCCGCUUCGGCAACUCGUCGGAGCACGUCCGCAAGUACUUCGGCAACGCCUCCACCUCCACCCCCGUCGGCUGGUACGACCGCGUCGUCAACGCCGACAAGACCGGCAUGACCUUCCGCUGCGACGACCCGGACCGCAACUGCGCCACCCAGGAGGGCUGGGCCGGCCACUGGCGCGGCUCCAACGCCACCCAGGAGACCGUCAUCUGCCCGCUCUCCUUCGCCAUCCGCCGCCCGCUCUCCUCCGUCUGCGGCCUCGGCUACAAUGUCGCCAACUCCAAGCUCAACACCUUCUGGGCCACCGACCUCCUCCACCGCGCCUUCCACGUGCCCCUCAUCUCCGAGGGCGUCGUCGAGCACUACGCCGAGGACUACGCCGAGGCCCUCGACCUCGCUAAGAACAACGCCUCCCUCUCCGUCAUCGACAGCGACGCCCUGCAGUACUUCGCCAUCGACGUCUGGGCCUACGACAUCGCCGCCCCCGGUGUCGGCUGCUCCGGCGAGCUCGAGGAGGAGGACAAGGAGGAGCCCACCCCGACCACUACCGCCGCCGGCUCCGCUGCCACCACCGCCGCCGCCACCUCCAGCGCGCCCCAGGAGUGCCACACCCACGCCGACGGUGUUCUUCACUGCGUCUAA